GGCAUGCGCAGUGUCGCCUUUCCCACAGGAAAACAAGUCUUUCCGAAACACGAUGCAUGAAUGGAAAUACUGUUCAUACAUCCAGCUCCUUUGCACCCACAAAUACACAACAUUACAGCUGUAUCAUCCAGCAGAGGUUUGAAUGUGUUUCUCCUGUAGCUAAUCAGAAACUGACCCCCGCUAUCCCAAUAUGGUCGUGUCGGUGGAAGAAGUAGCCUCGUCCCUUGUGCGAGAAUUUCUAAGUCGCAAGGGUCUGAAGAGGACCAUCGCCUGCAUGGAUGAGGAGUCUCCCCGCACGGCGGCCAGCAUCAGCAACAGGUCCGACCUGAGACGGGUCCUCCAGGUUGAGGGUCUCUACAGUCACAACAAGGCUCUGAAUAGCCCCCUUAAAACCUUGCUGGAGAUGAUAGUGAAGUCUCACAUCGAGGGACCCACGGACGACCUCGUCUCCCUCCAGGGCGAUCCUCUCCACACAUCCCGAAGCAGAGCCAACCUGAACACGCUCACUCAUGGGGACGGAAGCAACCCACAGUACCACACAGAAGAGGUUCCCAAAACACACCUAAACCAACGAUCAAUGAGACGGGACAACGGUUCUCUACGAGACACGCCGGUGUCUGGAAGCCCCUCCCCGCGUCAAAGUUCCCCCCCAGACGAGGACUCGGAUCCCGCUAAACAGCAGCCGUCCGGGGCCUACCUCCGGGACAACGUCUCUUUUCCCCGGAGGGAGACGGCAGCCAAUGAGAGCGCGUUAAAGAACAGAGCCAAUCGCAGCCGACGCGGCGUUCUGGGAGGACCGAUAGCGAACACGCCACAGGACCCACACAAGAGGAGACCCUCCAAAAGGGCGGGGCUGCCCCCGUCGGCGGGGGGACGGGAGUCCGGGCCCUCGGAGCACCCCGGCCUCUCUAAGGGGUCGGCUCGACGGACCCCCCUGGGGGGGUCCUCACCUGACCCAGGGGAGACCAGUGCUGCAGAGCUCCUCAGAGACCGACAGCAGAGACAGGGCCUCGCGGAGGGCCGGGGGAGCCCUGGUACACACGACGGCGUGCAGGGCAGAAGACCCAAGCCGUCCACCGAUCUGACUAUGGAUAUCUCACAAUCCUCUGAGAUGGUCUUGGAUGACUUUGACUACGAUGAGGACUUCCAGGAGGUGUCCCGGGUGUCUCUGUCCCAGAUGGACCUGUCCCAGGUGUCCCUACGGCCUGGUAGCCUCCCUCAGCACAGCCACAAGAGCAGCCGCAUGGACGUCCAGACCGCCACGGCGCUGAAAGAGGUUCUUCUUGGCUCGGGCUCGCGCUGCUUCAGCCCCGAGUGGAGGAACCAGGGCUUCGGCUUCUCCGAAUCCCCUGACCUCAGAUACGGGAUAGUUCAGAGAAAGGGCGGGCCUUGUGGGGUGCUGGCCUCCGUCCAGGCCUGCCUUCUGCAGAAGCUGCUGUUUGACGAUCCGAACCCGGCCAGUGAAGAGCUGGGCCGGCUGAGGCCCUCCGAUGCCGUGCGACGCCGCUGCCUGGUGUUAGCCGUCUCCGAGAUGCUGUGGAGGGCCGGGGAACACAAGACCGCCACGCUGGCCAUAACCUCAGGAAGAAGUCACUUUGUUCCAUCGGGCCACUACAAAUCCGAAGGAUUACUUGAAAAGGUGACCUGUUUCACCGCUGAUAACCUCAACGCCCUGCAGUGGCUGCUGGAGGAGCACAUCCAGCAGGUCUCUCCCCCCCCCCCCCCCCCCCCGCCCCACCUCCACUCUCACCCAUCGCCGCCGUCUCCUCUCUCAGCCCUGACCAAUAACAGAUGCUCCCUUAUCUCUCAGUUCGAGUCCGGUUCCUUCGGGUGUCUCCUGUUCUGUGUCUCCGCCGUGCUCUCCCGAUCGAUCGCAAAGGUACGGGUAGAUAUGGACGUGUCCAGCAACACGCUGAUAGGAGCCCACGGGUACUGCACACAGGAGCUGGUGAACCUGUUGCUGUGCGGCCAGGCCGCGUCCAACGUGUUCGACGGCCAGGUGCAGCUGGACUCCACCCUGCUGAAGGGGGUCACCCAGCGGUGCCACAUCGGCCUGCUGUCCCUGUUCGAGCACCACAACAUCUGUCAGGUGGGUAGCCACCUGAAGACCCCCCUGUUCCCCAUCUGGGUGGUGUGCAGCGAGAGCCACUUCAGCACCCUGUUCGGCCUGCAGAGGGAGCUAGCGACCAAUCAGGACGGCCGCAGCCGCGGCCCCAGGGAGUUUGACCUCUAUUAUUACGACGGGCUGGCCAAUCAGCAGCAGGAGAUCCGCCUCUCCGUGUCGGUGGGCUUGAGAGCGGCAUUCCAGGAGGAUAACGACCCGGAGCUCACUCCUCCGCUGGAGCAGUGCAUCCGAACCAAAUGGAAGGAUGCCAUUGUGCGUUGGAACGACACGGAACCUAUUCUCUAGGAGGCAGAGGAAGAGCGGGAGAAGAUUAUGGAAACAGCGUUCUUCAGAGACGAGCCCCAUUUGUCAACAUUAUAUUCUGCCAAUCAAAGUUAAAUUUAAUGAUACAAUAAAAUUGUAUUGAUAGAAGUUUCGCUAAAGCAACAACUGAAAGACUCAAGCUGUUAGUCGUGACGCACGAGUAUAUUUUAUGACCAUGAUGUAUUGAUCUUACAACAUAAUUACGAUCCAUAAAAUAUUAUGAAGUAUAAUUAAAAGUAUGAUAUAUCAAAUGUAAGACUAUGAUGGGUUUAUAAUGAGCUCAUUUUGAUCAUGUUGGAAAAGGAUCAUAAAUAUAUUUGAUCCAAUUAUGUUUAUGGAUGCGUUAGCUUAGCGAGAUUUAUAUUACACCCAUGAUGUCAUAAAACGUGCAAAGAUGAUUACAAAUUCAUAUUUAAUGACUCUGUUUGACAGAUAUUUUCCGAUGCUACACAAACUGCUGCGCUUUAUGUUUUGUGAUUCUUACUCCAGUUGAAACAGGUGCUGCGUUAUAGAGACAUGAUUUAUGGAUAUUGGACUGAAAGAGACACUACGCGUGUGUUUAGACUGCAUUUGUUUCCACUGCCCUGGAGGCUUUUAUUUCUAACUAAUCAUUUGAUCUCGAUCUGAUUAAUCAAAGAAUUAAGAACUUCCAACUCCAAUAAAGAUGAUAACGUGGCUUCUC